AUGUGGUUAUAUUUUGUGCUGGUGGCAAUCCUAGUGAUCGCAACCCGGCACAUUGCCCACCGGAUCAAAAGAUGGAAGACCACUCGUCACUAUGCCUUGAAGUACGGCACCAAAGACCCUGUCAUACUCGCUCAAAUUGCUCUUCCAGAGGGAGGAAACUAUGACAAGGAAAUCAUGCGAGCAUUCAAAGAGCAUCGAGGUCUAGAACUCAUUCAAAAAAGACACAUUGCUGGAGGCUACACCUUCCAAACGCACACCAUCGGUGGUCGAAUCAUCAACACCUCAGAGCCUGAGAAUAUCAAGACCAUUCAGGCCAGUCGGUUUGAGGAUUAUUCCCUUGGUUUCAGACAGGUUGCCCUGGGCCCAUUGCUGGGUAAGGGCGUAUUCACGAAUGAUGGCAAGGAUUGGGAACAUUCUCGGGCAUUGGUCCGACCGAAUAUGAGCAAGGCAUUAUAUACCGAUUUCAACAACUUGGAAAGGCAUGUCCAGGAAAUGAUUUCGCACAUGCCGAAGGACGGAAUUGACGUCUCGUCUGAGUUCCUAUUUGGAGAGUCAGUUCGCGCCUUUGAAGCCGCCGAAGGUUCCGACGAAGCCAAGUUCGGUGCCGCUUUCGACUAUGCUAGCGGAGAAACCGUCCGUCGUUUACACUAUGAACCAUAUCUGUUCUUGUACUUCAACAGAGACUUCACAAAGGCAUGCAAGACUGUCCACAGGUUUGUUGACAAGGUGAUUGCCAAAGCGGCUACUCGUCGUGUGGAGGGAAAGGCGAACCAAUACAUCUUUCUGGACAGCUUGAUGAAAUCCGUUACAGACCCUCAGCGGCUGCGUUCGGAAACACUUAACGUCAUGCAAGCCGGUCGCGAUACAACUGCAAGCCUGCUCGCAACUGUUUUCUAUCUACUUGCUCGGCAUCCAGAGGUUUGGACGAAGCUGGAUGCUGAGAUCGGGGAAUUGAAUGGGAAGCCGCCAACUUAUGAAGAGCUGAAAAAGCUCACGUAUCUGCGCUACGUGAUGAACGAGACUCUUCAAGUCCAUCCAGUCGCCCCCAUCAACAGUCGCGUUGCAGUGCGCGACACGAUCCUUCCAGUGGGAGGCGGGCCCGACCAUAAAUCUCCGAUUUUCAUCCCAAAGGGCCAGAAAGUCUCAUUUCCCACAUACGUUCUCCACCGACGAUCAGACAUCUAUGGCCCCGAUGCCCAUGAAUUUCGACCCGAUCGAUGGGGCGAGCCCACCUUCCGCCCCGGUUGGGCGUAUAUCCCAUUCAAUGGAGGACCGCGUAUCUGUCUGGGACAACAAUAUGCAUUGACGGAAGCGGUAUAUACUAUUGUGCGCCUGGUGCAAACUUUCAAGGCAGUGGAGCAGCGCGAUUUCACACGUUACAAGGAGUCGGUCCGCGUUUCAGCUAGCAUUUUUGGGGGCGUGCAGAUUGGCAUGAUCCCACGGGCUUAG